UUUGAAUUACAAACGCAGUGUUCUCGUUGGCAUUUCUUCGCGGUCUCGGGUUGUGUUUGAAGAAGUGUAUUACCGGCUUCUUAAUUAUGGAGAUUCUUGAGUUCCACGGACGAAACUAGCGCCUGAAACGAUGAUAACAUCGUGAAGUUCGAUUCGACAAUGUCCUCACCUUCGGAAUCAAUCACUUCCCCAAAUAGCUCGAUUGAUCCUGCGGAAUUCGAAGCCCUGUACGCAGAGGUGAAAGAGGUGGAGAAGAAAGAUGCCAAUCUUACACCAAAGCAACAAAUCGAUCGUCUUCUGAGACCUGGGUCUACCUACUUCAAUCUGAAUCCAUUUGAAGUUCUUCAGAUUGACCCAGAUACCAGCUUGGAAGACAUUAAAAAAUGUUACAAGAAGUGUUCCGCUGAUGGCCUUUCACCGAAUGCUCUGCAGUUGUCCAUCCUCGUUCACCCUGAUAAGAACAGGGAAGACGAAGAGCGAGCGAAAAGGGCUUUCGAUGCUGUGAAUCAGGCUUACAAGACGUUAGAAGAUGAGGAGAAACGCAAACGAGCUUUCAAUGUCGUCGAGGAAGCAAAGGCUAGGACUGACCAAAUGUUGGAAGAGAAACGAAAGAAAUUGAAACGGGAAGGGAAGCCUCCUCGAAUCGAUGAAGAUGAUCCCAUCAAAUAUAAGCACGCAGUUGCCACGCUUACCAUGAAACUUUUCGCGGACAAGGAACGGCGGCGCCGGCAACUUGAAGCGCGUGACAUGGAUGAGCGCAAACGGCAACGUGAGCAGGAAAUUGAGGAAGCGGAGAAAAAUAAAAUUGAGAAGGAGUGGCAGAAAAAUUUUGAAGAUUCUCGACAAGAUCGUGUUCGCAGUUGGCAAAAUUUCAAAGAUAACAAAACGACAACGAAAAAAAAGAAAAAGAGGGAAGCUCCCGGGCCAGUCGGGGGAAUUCGUCCCCCGAAGCUCAAACUCGAAAAGCGUCAGUGAAAUCACGUGUUUAAAUUUGCAUCUAACUAUUGUCCUGCCAUAUAGGAAAUACAAAAUGGCGUUUUCAAUUUUA